CGCACGCUCGCCGCGCGCCUUACCGCCUCGAAAUCGAACCCGCGCCGCGAUCGCGUUAUGCCGCCCUACGAACAUACUUACAUGUUUGGUUACUUGUAUUUGUUUUGUUUUCGGAGUCUAGGCCGCACCCCGGAAAUGCGCUAGUUAUCAAAACUUUAUAAAGUGCCCUAAUUCAAAAAACAAUAAAUAUUUAUGCAAAUUUAUAAACUUAAAUUUAAAAUACGGGCACGAUGGUGUCAGAAGGGCCAUUGCCCGUGGUGUGGUGUGUACGGGAUAAUCAACUUGUGCCUCACCAAGUAUCGGGUGUAAAAUUACAAGGAGCAGUUACUGGCGCACAUAUUGCCGCUGUUACAGACUUUUUGCGUAUGGUGGCCGGGACUCCUAUCAUUUUACCCCAUACAACGGUACCGGAAGAUGUAGAUAAUAAUAUUAACCAAGAAAAAGAAGAUACUACGCGCAGAAGAAAAAUGUCUAUGCAAGUAGAAGUACCUUGCGUUUUUCUUUCUGAAAGUGCCUUACAGAAGGCAAAGAGCCGCAAUAAUUCUUUAGAAGAAAAGGUGAUACCUUCCGAUCAGAAAGUCUCACCUACUACAACCAAAAGAUAUCUGGAGCUCGAUAUGAAGUCUUCAUUUUUUAGUUCGUCUUGUAAUAUGCUAGAAUUUAAGGACAAAGAUAGUAAUCAAGAUGGUGAGAAGGAAUGUUUUAAAUCAUCGUAUCAUCUGAGGGAAACUAAAAAUGAAAAUCAACCCCAAAGAAUAACGAGAAUAAUUGACUUAGACGACUUUAAUACGACCACAAUAGAAUCUGAACCUGAAAAAGAAACACAAAGAAUUACAAGAAUUAUUGAAUUUAAGAAUGAUGCGUUAAGUUCUCCGGUGUGUACUGAUGUAGACAAUGAAAGUUUACAAAGAAUAACCAGAAUUAUCAGAUUGGAUGAGGACCAUUCAUUCUCCGCAAUAACAAAUCAGGGUGAUAUUGAUAAAGAAGGCUCUCAGAGAGUAACUAGAAUUAUUGAAUUAGAAAAAGAUAGCACUUUUCCAAGUAUGGCUAGAAUUAUAGAAAUGGAAAAUGAAAUAUCUAAUGAACGAAGAAUUUCCUUAACAAAUGAACGUGAAACUGGCGGUGGAGCUAUUGAAGAUAGCUGUGAAGAAGUAGUGGUAAGGUCUAAGCCGUCCUUAACUAGAGGUACUCCUAGGUUUAGUGUUGACUCUUCCUGCUCCGAAAACUCUUACGUCAACAUCGAAUGUGUUAAGAGUUUGCCGGAUGUUAAAAGAGAAGAUAGUGUUAGUGCAGAUUUAUCGCCGGUUUGCAAGCCAGUUCGGUCGAGAUUCCCGCGAAAGAAAACCUCCGUAUGUUCCAUUGGCUCUUCAGACUGCGACGAUGAGGUAGACGUGAUAUUUAAAUCGAAACCGAAAUCUAGUCAAUGGGUGAGCUUAGACUGGAUUCCACCGACGCCCAAAGAAGAGCCAGUGAUAUCGCACGACUGUGAUAAAAACGACUUCAUAUCGAAAUGGAUAGCGGAACAAAAUUCGCACGAACCUGGUAUUAUCACUGAUGAAAGGAGAAAAAGUCUUCCACCAAAAUCAAACGAAAUUUAUCUACAGAACAUGAGGAGGUUCAGUGAUGGAUUACAGAUGUGUAAAGAAGACGCAGCCAGUGAUUCACCCGCUACCGUCAAAUCAAAAUGGCACGACAUUGUCAAGCGCCAUCUCCAGGUCCUCAAAAGUGAUAAGGGAUUCAGAAGACAACGCGGCAGUUGGAUGCGAACCGCAAGGCGCUUAUCGUCUACACCUGUUAAUCAAAAGGAGUCAAUUCCAGCCGAUACAUAUUUGAAGCUUAAUGCUAUGUCAUGGUACUUCCGUAAAAUAAAAAGGAUUGAAGCGGAAAAGAAGCUCCUUUUGCCAGAGAACGAGCACGGCGCUUUCCUUAUUCGAGACUCAGAGAGCCGACACAACGACUUCUCGCUAUCAGUGAGAGACGGCGACACGGUGAAGCACUACCGCAUCAGGCAGCUCGACGAGGGCGGGUUCUUCAUCGCGCGCCGGACCACCUUCCGCACCCUCCAGGAGCUCGUCGAGCACUACAGCAAGGAUGCCGACGGCCUCUGCGUCUCGCUCAGCAAGCCUUGUGUGCAGGUCGAAAAACCAGUUACGGAGGGACUUUCUCACCGAACACGCGACCAAUGGGAGAUCGACCGUUCGUCCCUCAAGUUCGUCAGGAAGCUUGGUCACGGCCAGUUCGGCGAAGUGUGGGAGGGCCUGUGGAACAACACCACCCCUGUCGCCAUCAAGACCCUCAAGUCCGGCACCAUGGACCCCAAGGACUUCCUCGCGGAGGCGCAGAUCAUGAAGAAGCUGCGGCAUAGCAAACUCAUUCAACUCUAUGCCGUGUGCACGCUCGAGGAACCCAUCUAUAUCAUCACGGAGCUGAUGAAGAACGGAUCUCUACUCGACUACCUUCAAGGCAAAGGCCGCGGUCUGAAGCUCCAACAGCUGAUCGACAUGGCGGCACAGAUAGCGGCAGGCAUGGCGUACCUCGAGUCACAGAACUACAUCCACAGAGAUCUCGCCGCUAGGAAUGUUCUCGUCGCCGACGCCAACAUCGUCAAGAUAGCUGACUUCGGACUCGCUAGGCUAAUCAAGGAGGACGAGUACGAGGCGCGCGUAGGCGCUCGCUUCCCGAUCAAGUGGACCGCGCCCGAGGCGGCCAACUACAGCAAGUUCUCCAUCAAGUCCGACGUCUGGUCCUUCGGCAUCCUGCUCACCGAGCUCGUCACCUACGGCCGAAUACCCUACCCUGGCAUGACUAACGCCGAAGUCCUACACCAAGUGGAGCACGGGUACCGCAUGCCGUGCCCGCAGAACUGCCCCGCGCCGCUGUACGAGAUCAUGCUCGAGUGCUGGCACAAGGACCCGCUCAAGCGGCCCACCUUCGAGACCCUGCAGUGGAAGCUCGAGGACUUCUUCACCAUGGACAACUCCGAGUACAAGGAGGCGUCCGCCUACUGAGCCAGGCCUUCCCUGCCGCCCCACCGACACGCGCACCAGCAUCAUACACCGGGCCUGUACCACAUGCCGCCCGAGCUGCAGAUGCUGCACGGCAGCACGUCGCUGCAGCACCUGCAGAUGCACCAGCUGCAGGCGCACCAGGCGAGCCUCGGCCACCUGCAGGCGCUGCAGCUGCAGCCGC